UAUGCCUACUUCUGCCCUACCGGUACCAUGAUGAUUUGUGCUGUGGCUUAUGUUCUCAGAGUUUAUUUGCUAUUUGUGGUUAGCCCAGGUUGCUUCCGGCACACCGGCCUCACUGGACUUGCUUGCUUGACUGCCCGCCCCCAGCCUGACCCAUAUGCAUACCGGCACGGGAUGGCCAUACAGGUAUUACUACAAUAUCUAUCGCGAGCCCUAGUGUGUCCCUAUUCUCGCGUCCCCACCCCUCUCUCAAUACUAAGGAUAGGGGGAGAGGGCUUGCAACCCAGUCCAUAUCGUCCCAUAGGUACAGUGCAUACGGCCCUUACCACCUGGUACCCGGCUUCUCAACCACCACCCAGACCAAAAAAACACAGAGCAAAACACAAGGUAAAAAAGGACGACAGAAAAAACACUCUCUCUUUCAUCAUACAUCCCCCCCAAUGGCUCUUGAGAGAGCUGUUACCCGGGAGGAGCAGUCCACUGCCAUAUCCCCGCAAACCCCUACGGCGCAGGAAUCUUUUAACCUCCGCUCCUCGGCAGGGUCGGCACCGGGUGGCGCAGCAACAGCUGUUCCACGCACCGGGAAUUUUACAGAGACGAAUUCGGCGUCUGCUGGCUCGAGAUUGUGUCCCUCUUUCUCAUAUAGCGAGAAGUUUCAAGAUUGCCAGAAUAGUAGUGGCAUCGAGAUUAGAGAAGGUGAUGAGAAUGCUGCUGCCACCGAGGUGGCUGUCGGGGCUGGCGUGGCUCCAGACGCUGCAGCUACACCGCACGCUUUGGCCCCGGAAGGGCAGCAGGAGGGGUUGUCGCAUAGGAGGAAGGCUAUAAUUGUUCUGGCCCUCUGUGUAUGAGAUUCUGCCUUUCUUUUGAUUCAUUUUUUUGCGGGUUGGAUUGAGUUGGGGUGAACGAGAUGGUAUGGGGAAAAGAGAAGGGGACAGAAAGUGAUGUGCUGAUUCGUGGGUUGUGUUAGAUAGUUAUGUGUGUUUCUGGCGGCGUUGGAUCAGACAAUCAGUAUGUUGCUUUUUGUCGCAUAAUUAUUUGGAUUGGGGGUUUUUUUUUUCUGCUUGGGAUUGGUUACUGAUUUACCGGGUUGGCGGGUAGUUACCACAGCGAUUCCGAUUAUUGCUGCGCAAUUCAAUAGUGCUACUGGAUACACCUGGAUUGGUAGCUCGUAUGCUAUUAUCCCUUUCGCUGUGCAUCUGUCGUUGGUGUUGAGGUGUUGAAACUGACUUUGUCUGGCUGGGACGAGUAGGUAUUUGUUGACUUCGGCUGCGUAAGUUUUUGCUUUUCGACAUUCCUACAGCUCCGCACGACGGGAGAAGCUAGACUAACCUCCACAGAUUCAUGCCAGCAUGGGGUAAACUCAGGUGGGCCUCUAUCCAUUGGCUUAUGAAUUGUAAAACGUUUACUAACCCCUCUGUAGCGACAUCUGGGGUCGCAAGCCAGUCCUCCUCUCUGCAGCAACAAUAUUCCUCAUUGGAAGGUUAGUUCCUAACCCGUUACUACAAUCUACUCUGGUGUUAUUACUUGUCUGACAGUAUGUAGCAUCCUUUGCGCAGCAGCCCAAAACCUAGGAAUGCUGCUCGCGGGCCGUGUGUUACAAGGCCUGGGAGCCGGUGGUCAAUUAGGUCUCGUUAACGUCACCAUCUCCGACCUUAUCGCUGUUAGGUAGCAUCAUACAUGAUGUCCCGCAAUAGAGCUGGUCGCUAAACGUGCGUAGGGAGCGUGGCGUAUACUUAUCUUACAUUGGGUUAACGUGGGCCUUCGCAUCAGCCAUUGGGCCGGUACUUGGGGGAGUUUUCACUGAGAAGGUUACAUGGAGACUGUGCUUUUGGAUAAAUGUGCCAAUUGCAGUCUUAUCAAUGAGUAGCUUGAUAUGUCUUCUCCACCUGCAAUCGCCGAAGAUUACGGUGAAGGAAGGGUUAAAGAGAGUGGAUUGGCUUGGUAAUUACAGAUUAAAUUUCCCCUUUUGCUCAUCAGUCCAUGGGUAGAAUUGUGCUUGCGUAUCUUUGCACUUUAUUUGCUGACGAUAUGUUUUGAUAGGAAUCGCACUUGUCGCCUCCGGCACAGUCCUCUUCCUCCUGGGCGUCGAAUUCGGCGGCGUUUCCCAUCCUUGGGACUCGCCGAUCGUGAUAUGCUUUAUUCUGUUUGGAAUUCUGAUAUUGUGCUCUUUUGUCUACGUUGAGUGGAGGGUGGCUAAAUUGCCGAUUAUGCCUAUUAAGCUUUUCACUAACCGGACUAACGCCUGCGCUUACUUUGUACGUGCGUCUAUAAUUUGGGUAUGUUUUUUGUGGGCGCUGAUAGUGUCUUUAGGUUGGAUUACUUCAUGGGUUCAUCUUCAUUGCGGGAUGCUACUUCAUUCCUCUGUAGGUUGCGAUAUGCGGGGUUUCCGGUGAGGGGAGUUGGGCUAAUGUACCUGUAGGUACUUCCAGGCGGUUCGUGGAGACACGGCUUUGAUGGCGGGGGUGUAUGUGUUGCCAUAUGUUAUGGCAUUAUCAGUCGUUUCUGCUAUUAGUGGAUUGAUAAUUGCCCGGACCGGUAAGUCUUUCGUCUCGACCCCGUUUGCAUUGGUAUUCCAUGUGCUAACUGGGGUCUGUAGGACGCUAUCAAGAAGUAAGUCAUCAACUAUAGCUCGCAUUCCGACUUUUCCUGCCGCAACUAACAUCCGCCAGGUAAUCUGGGCCGCCGUAACAAUGAUGACCCUAGGAGCCGGCCUCAUAAUAGACCUCGAUAGGACCAGCGGCUGGGACAAAAUAGUGAUCUACCAAAUAAUAGCGGGCAUGGGCUGCGGGCCCCUCUUUCAAUCACCGCUCAUAGCUAUCCACGCAAACAUCGACCACCGCGAUGUCGGCACCGCAACCGUUGCCUUUACCUUCCUGCGCACUCUGGGCACAGCCCUGGCGAUCUGCAUCGGCCUAGUUGUAUUCCAGAACUCGAUGCAAUCCCAGUCACACGACCUUGCGGGCGGCCGCCUCCCUGACGAAGUCCUCGAUGCUAUUUCCGGCCACUCGGCCGCUUCCUCUGUGGGCUUUGUCCAGACGUUGGAGCCGGCAGAGAGGGCUGUGGCGAGGGAUGCAUAUGCGCGGGGGUUGAGCACUAUGUGGGACUUUUUCCUCGCCGUCUCGGCUUGUUGUUUCCUCUUCUCGUUGGGAAUUCGGAAGCAUUAUUUGAGCAGGCAGGUGAACUCCACCCAGCCCGCGAAAGUCCGGAGGAGGAAGACUGGGGAGGAUGAGCAUGAGGGGGUGUGA